UGGGGAGCAGCUAUUCCAUGACCCCCCCUACUCUUAGCAUCACUGAGGAGGAACACGUCAUCAACGCCAAGGAUACGCUGACCAUCACCUGCAGAGGCCAGCACCCCUUGGAGUGGUCGUGGCCUGGGGGCAAGGUGGACCCUGCUGAGAAGGAGAAGGAGACCGAGUUCGUGGCCUCAGCAGCCCCCAGCAGCAGCCGGGCAAUCCGAGAAGACGACUGCGAGGGGACCGGCACGAAGCCGUACUGCAAAGUCCUCGUGCUGACGGAGACCCAGGCGAACGACACGGGUUACUACCGCUGCUAUUACAAGUACAUCGAUGCCAAAAUCGAGGGCACCACAGCAAUCAGCGCCUACGUGUUUGUGAGAGAUUUUGAACAGCCAUUUAUCAACAAGCCGGAGACCCUCCUCAUCAGCAAGAAAGAGAACACUUGGGUACCAUGCCUCGUGUCCAUCCCAGAUCUUAACGUCACGCUGGUCUCGCAAAAUUCCCUCAUCCACCCUGACGGGAAAAGCACUUUCUGGGACAACAAGAAGGGGGUGCUGGUACCCACACACUUGAUCAGGGACUCCUUGUUCGUCCAGUGUGAGACUGUCAUUGACAAGAAGGUCUUCAAAUCCAAUUUCUUCAUCAUCCAUAUAGCAGGGAGCGAGCUGUACGACAUCCAGCUGUAUCCCAAGAAAGCUAUGGAGCUGCUAGUGGGAGAGAAGCUGGUCUUGAACUGCACAGUGUGGGCCGAGUUCAACUCCGGUGUCCGCUUCCAGUGGACUUACCCUGGCAAACAGACGCAGCGGGCAGUGAUGGAGCCCGAGCGCCGGUCCCUGCAGACGCACACAGAGCUCUCCAGUAUCCUGACCCUCCACAACGUCAGCCAGCAGGACCUGGGCAAGUACACGUGCACCGCCACCAACGGCGCCCAGAUGCUGGAGGAGAGCACCGACGUCAUUGUGCACGAAAAGCCCUUCAUCAACGUGGAGUGGAGGAAGGGCCCGGUAAUAGAAGCCACCACAGGAGACGAAGCCGUGAAGCUGCCAGUGAAAGUCGUGGCUUACCCCCCGCCAGACUUCCAGUGGUACAAGGACGGGAAGCUAAUUCCCAAGCAAUCUCAAUCUUCAAUGCAGAUCAAGGAUGUGUCGGAGCAGCACGCUGGGACAUACACGCUGGUUCUGCGGAACAGGCUGGCAGGUCUGGAGAAGCGCAUCAGCCUCCAGUUAAUCGUCAAUGUUCCUCCGCACAUCCACGAGAAGGAAGCCUCUUCCCCGAGCAUCUACUCCCGGAGGAGCCCCCAGGCCCUCACCUGCACAGUCUAUGGCAUUCCGGCGCCGGAGGUGAUCCAGUGGCAGUGGAGGCCGUGGAUGCCCUGUCGGAUGUUCUCCCGACGCAGCCUCAGGCACCGCGCAGCAAGGCGCCAUCAGCGGGACCGGAUGCCCGAGUGCAAGGACUGGAAAGAUGUGUCGCAGCAGGAUGCGGUGAACCCCAUCGAGAGCAUUGACACCUGGGUGGAGUUCGUGGAGGGGCGGAACAAGACAGUCAGCAAACUGGCCAUCCAGGAGGCCAACGUCUCAGUCAUGUACAAGUGUAUCGCCUCUAAUAAAGUGGGUCGAGACGAGCGGCUGAUCUACUUCUAUGUGACCACCAUUCCAGACGGGUUCGAGAUUGAGUCCCAGCCCUCAGAAGAGCCCAUAGAAGGGCAGGACCUACAGCUGAGCUGCAAUGCAGACAACUACACGUAUGAGAACCUGCAGUGGUAUCGGCUGAACCUCUCCAAGCUCCAUGAUGAGGAGGGCAACCCCCUCGUGUUGGACUGCAAGAACGUCCACCACUAUGCCACCAAGAUGCAGGGGGAGCUGCGCUUCCAGCCCGACUCCAACGAUGCGACCUUGCUGCUCACCAUCCCCAACAUCUCCCUGGGCGAGGAGGGAGACUAUGUGUGUGAGGUGCAGAACCGGAAGACCAGGGAGAAGCACUGCCACAAGAAAUACAUCUCUGUACAGGCCCUGGAGAUCCCCCGCCUCAAGCAGAACCUGACAGACAUUUGGGUGAAUGUCAGCGACUCCAUAGAGAUGCGCUGUAAGGUGGACGGCAACCAUGUUCCUGAAAUCAGCUGGUACAAAGAUGAGAAACUGGUGGAAGAAGUGUCAGGGAUUGACCUGGCGGACUUCAACCAGAGGCUGAGCAUUCAGAGGGUGAGGGAAGAGGAUGCUGGGCUCUACCUGUGCAGCGUCUGCAAUGCUAAGGGCUGUGUGAACUCCUCGGCCAGUGUCUCCGUGGAAGGCUCUGAUGACAGGACCAAUGUGGAAAUUGUCAUCCUGAUAGGGACUGGGGUUAUCGCUGUUUUCUUCUGGAUCCUCCUCAUCCUCAUCUUCUGUAACAUCAAAAGGCCUGCCCAUGCAGACAUCAAGACGGGCUACCUCUCCAUCAUCAUGGACCCUGGCGAGGUGCCCUUGGAGGAGCAGUGCGAGUACCUGCCCUAUGACUCCAGCAAGUGGGAGUUCCCACGAGACCGCCUGCGCCUAGGUAAAGUCCUGGGUCACGGUGCCUUUGGGAAGGUGGUGGAAGCAUCAGCGUUUGGGAUCAAUAAAAGUAACAGCUGUGAGACCGUAGCAGUCAAAAUGCUGAAAGAGGGAGCUACCGCAAGCGAGCACAAGGCACUGAUGUCAGAGCUGAAGAUCCUCAUUCACAUCGGGAAUCACCUCAAUGUGGUGAAUUUGCUGGGUGCCUGUACCAAACCCAAUGGUCCACUCAUGGUUAUUGUUGAGUUCUGCAAGUAUGGAAACCUCUCCAACUACCUGCGGACCAAGCGGGAAGGAUUCAGUCCUUACAGGGAGAAGUCUCCCAGGCUGCGUAUUCAGGUCCAGUCCAUCGUGGAGGCAGUAAGAGCAGACAGGAGGAGUCGUUCUGGGACUAGUGACAGCGCUAUCUUCAACCGCUUUCUGAUGCACAAGAGCCAGACAGCGCAGCCGAUCCAGGAAGUGGAUGACUUGUGGCAAAGUCCCUUGACAAUGGAAGACCUGAUCUGCUACAGCUUCCAGGUAGCACGUGGCAUGGAGUUCCUGGCAUCCCGAAAGUGCAUCCACAGAGACCUGGCGGCUCGCAAUAUUCUGCUGUCAGAGAACAACGUGGUAAAGAUCUGUGACUUCGGCCUGGCCCGGGACAUCUACAAGGACCCCGACUAUGUCAGGAAAGGCAGUGCCCGUCUCCCACUGAAGUGGAUGGCUCCAGAGAGCAUCUUCGACAAGGUCUACACUACCCAGAGUGAUGUCUGGUCCUUUGGGGUCCUCCUCUGGGAAAUCUUCUCUCUAGGGGCAUCUCCAUACCCUGGAGUCCAGAUCAACGAGGAGUUCUGCCAGAGGCUCAAAGACGGUACCAGGAUGAGAGCCCCAGAGUAUGCCACAGCAGAAAUUUACCGUAUAAUGCUGAGCUGCUGGCACGGGGAUCCCAAGGAGAGACCAACUUUCUCCGACCUGGUGGAGAUACUGGGGAACCUUCUUCAGGAAAACGUCCAGCAGGAAGGGAAGGAUUACAUCCCACUGAACGACUCUCACAGCUCAGAAGAUGAUGGUUUCUCCCAGGUGCCUUCUUCUGCCCAGCAAAACUCAGAUGAAGAGGACUUUGACAUGAGGAUACGCUGCCACAGCCUAGCAGCAAGAUACUACAACUGUGUCUCGUUCCCUGGUUGUUUGACGGGAGGAAAUCAGAUCAGAUGUCCAUCCAGGAUAAAGACAUUUGAAGAGUUUCCCAUGACACAUACAAUGUACAAGGCACACCCAGACAAUCAAACAGACAGUGGGAUGGUUCUGGCAUCUGAGGAAUUUGAGAGGAUAGAAAACCGACACAGAAAAGAAGGUGGAUUCAGCAGUAAAGGGUCCAGCCGAACUGCGGAACUGCCAGGAGAACAGUCGGACCUGCGGGGCAGAUGUCGGCCGUCGUACGGGUCCCAAGUUGGAGGCCAGACUUUUUACAACAGUGAAUACGGGGAGCUGUCAGAACACUCUGAGGACGGCAGCUGCACCCCACCUGGAGAGGGGGCCAGUCCCCCCACUCUCCACGCUUCCUUUUUCUCCGAGCAAUACUAAUGGCAUCAGGCCCUGGAGGUGCCUGCUGAGGCAUCCUCUCACACCCUGCAGCAUGUCAUCAGGGUCACUCAGAGCUUCUCCUUCAACCUAUGCCCAACCCCAGCAGGGAACCUACCCCGAACGGAUGGGGAACACCGACGUUCUUGGAACCGCAGCACGAUGGCCCACGCAGCACCUCCAGCUGCAGCUUCCCUGUGCCAGGACUGGAGAGAGCACCUCGCUGAUUCCUCACAUUUCUUCCUGUGGCUCAGACAGAUGCAUUCUGCCAGCGAGUGGGUGCCUAUGUUCAGCACUACAGCACCUUCUGCCUAGUAUCCAGCCUCCACUCAGAUCAGCUUCCCAUUCAGAAAGCCCAUUUCAGGUCAGAUAUAAAUAGAUCUGUCUUAGUCUCAAGUUUCUUCCUGGUGUGCAGCCUGAAUGUUUUUCCUUGGAUUGCUUCCUCCUCCUCUCCUCAUGAUGUCAGCUGCUGAGCUGCAGAGCAGAAUCAGAGGGAAGAAAUCCCUAGUGGUAUUAGCAGCAAGAGCAGGACAUUUUAAAGAGGUGUAUGGAGAGAUCCCGAGGGAUCUUUGUAAAUGUUCAUGCACACUGUUCAUUCUGGGUAGGUGCCAGCCUCUCCAUCUUUUCUGCAAGCAACACCCACACGCCUCUCAUCUCUGCUGGGGGGAAACCUGUCAAUCUGCCUUAUCACCGGGAUUAUUUUAGCCAUCUCAACACAGCUAGUGCUGAGUAGGUCAUCAGCUUAUGGCUAGAGUCCUCCCAGUGAGAUAAAUGUCAACUCUUUUUGCAGGCCCUGUGCAAAACGGCAUUUUAUAUACUCUGUACUGGGAGCAGGUUACUCAGAGGUCUGCUGUUCUCCCUUUCCCAGAGCAGUGCUGAGAUCAUUUGUUGCUCAAGUGAGAAAUUAAAGCAAAGCUGUGUUAAUUUCAGCUGGCUUCUAAACAUAGAGCGAAAAUGGGUUGUUUGCUGGGAGGAAAAGGAUCAAAGUGGUAGGGAGUGAAAUGUUUAUUUUCAAGUUGCUGCAAGGGUUUUGGAAACAAUGGAAGGAACAGAGCUCCAGCAAUGAGGUGCCCAGGGCUGCAUCCCCUUGUGUGUUGGCAUCACUGAGCACAUGGAGGGCAGCACCCGGCCAGGGCUCAAGCCCCAGUUCUCCUGGAUGGACAGUACUGCUGCCCUAGUUCCCUGGCUCUAAGGCGGCACUCUCUGCCCAACGGGCUCCUCUCCAGUUUCUGUUGCAGAGCCACCAGCACAGUGUACCUGUCUCUGGGGGACUGAGAAAUAUUUAUUUGCUGAGGAAACAUCUCAUCAUUUGGGCCGUGAAUUCAGAGCUCCAGUGAACCUCUGCAGCCCGUCUCUACAGAUUUCUGUGCUGCUGCCUCACCACUUCCCACCUACUUCUUUCCACCCUGCUCACCAUCCGAGAGCUCAGCCACAGAGCAAGGUUACAUCACCGUCAGAGGAGUCUGGGUGAAGAGACUCGUCUGAACAGCUUGUUAUCAUCUCUUCUCCCACAUGCCCAUGGCUGGCAGAGCUCCUUGCACCAGGGCAUCUCAGCACUGGGGAGUUUCUGCUUGCGGGCCACACCUCUGUGCACAGAGCCAAGGGUUUGGUUUGGACUUCUAAAAUUGUGUUUCCUGUCAGAUGUACUGCUUUCCCAAACUAUUUCUUUUCCAGCAGAGGGUUUCAUGCGUUUCCUGACGUGAGCCUGUGAGUCCUUACAGAUGACUUUCCCAAGUCUUAAUUAUAGUUCUCCACAGAAGUGUAAUGGGGAGAUUUAUUUAGCACAUGGGAAAAGCAUGCCUGUCAUUCAGAUUCUCUAAGCCUGUGCAGAGCGCCCAAUGUUCCCCUCCCUUUUCGUGUCAGUAGGAUGACAUGGCUGUGAUUUCCAUGGCGAAAAGAGGCACAAAACCGGACCAGCUUGAGCCAAACUGGCUCAGGACGUGGAACUGGAAACUGCAUGUGACAAUGAAUUCCCUGACUUCUACUGGUGUCCCCUGAAGUUGAAGUUGCCAGGAAUUUAAGCAUCUUUAAGUAAUUGUUAUGACUCAGUAAGAAUCCUCUGGCAGGAGGUGCCGGAGAGCCAGGCCAAGGAAGUAGGACAGCCAACGGCGUGUAGGCCAGACCAAGUUCUCCUGCCCUCGUCUUGCCCUGGUUUUUGAACUGGUGGUUCCCUUGACAGAAGGAAAGCUGCAUGUGCCCCAUGCUGCUGGGGGUCUCCACCGGCAUUCAUGUGGGUGGAAGGUGACAGAUGGCUGAGCUAAAUUCAGGCUGAUCGCUUGGUGAUGUGCAUCCAUAGGACCCAGGCUCUCUUGUUUCCCGUGCUUCACAGGCAGUUCUUUGCCUGGAAACACAGCCCCAACUGAGAGAGGGCCCAAGAAAGAGGCCUAUAAAUUAAACAAUUGUUGAAAAACAGAAUUCCAAAGUAGCUGCA